AUGGCGAAUAAAAUCACUGAGUCCCUAGCGGCACUUCGACAGCUGAACACAGACCAGGGUUCUUCAGCCCGCGCCAUACCAGGUCUUCAUUUAAAGGCAAAUCCUGACGUGAUUUACUCUCUCCAGGAACUCUUCUCCAAAUUACGAUUCUCUUACGUCGAGCAGGUAACAAAAGAGAAAUUCCUCCGAGCGAUCGUGGGCGAUCCACCGCUCGUGGUCGGACACAACGAGAAUGUGGAAUUGGAGACACAGCUGGCGGAGGUGAAGGCAGAGCUGAAGGCGAGCAAAGAAGAAGCGCGCCUGAUGAUCGAGGAGAUGGAGAUAAUGAGUCGAGAUUUAGCGAGCCGUUACAAGAACGUCGAGGUGCAAAUGGAACAACUAUCGACUCUUCCAGACGUCAUUGAGAACCUCGAGGGGACGAUUGCAGGGCUUCGCGCGAAACAGGUCGCUGGAAUGGAUACCUCGGAUCCACGCUCGUCACAGAACCUGCCUCUUCCUGCGACUUUGAGCCUCUUGGCUGAGCGAGAGGCGGAGUUGGCGGCGCUCAACCGACAGAUCGCCGCUGUUCAGAACACAUUGCCUCGGAAGACUAGAGAAGCCGAGGCCAUUGAAAGGGAGUGUACGGUACUCGAGCGACGCAAGGUUGAGGCAGUUGCACAAGCUCGUGAGGCACAGCGGAAGAAGCAGGAGGGAGAGAGCGACGGCCUCGAAGAGAUGGGCCGGUGGUAUCGAGGUGCCGAGGAGACACUGAAGGAAAUUGUAGGCGUAGAGGGCUGA